AUGGGAGCUGGCUCCUACGUAUGUUAUGGCUCACACUCCUCCUACGUUUCAACGGCUCACGUGACUGCUACGUUCACGUAUCUACGAGUCGUAGUACGUACGGUUGGGAACGCUGAGCGAAGCUCGAUAAAGACUAUCACGAUGCCGAAGAGUGUUUUGCGCGGAACAAGAUCACUUGAGGUUUUAAGGAUCCUAAACUCUGGGUCUAAUCCGGUCGUAAUUUGGUAUCAAUUCUGCUUUAUACGCUGCUAUUACCAUCGUGCCGAAUGCCAUUGCUGGUCUUGGGUGUACAGUACAUCUACAGUCAGCUCUCAAAAUUUUGCCUUGCCUGUGUAUUUGGCUGCAACGACCUUAUAUCUGACUAUCAGAUGGCCCUCCGAUGGCCCAAAGUUAAGAUCUCUAUUCCUCACUCGCUACGUCAUCCUUACUAUCCCAAGCUCACCUAUUGGCGUACCGUAUUUUAAGUCUUCCUGGCUGAUACUAGGCUUUACUCUACUACGUCCCUUAAACUCGUCUUGGCCGGAUGCAACCAUUCUGGACCCCACCAAGAUAUCUAGGGGGUAUGCACUUCACGACUUGGUCUACGGCCCGCUAUUAAGGGGAACAAUGAGAAAAUGGAGUAAAUCCCGGAAGGAUCGCCGAAUCGACUGGAAUAAGUGGAUCGCAAUAUCAUACCUGCUUCAUAUUAUAUUUCUAACGUUGGAAAGACAGGACACCAUCCUUGAUACCAGUGUAAUCUUAAAACUUUCCAGUCUACAACGAAGAAGAAAACACGAGUUAAUUGAAAAUACUAGCUUGAGGUACCAGUUCUAUAUGGUGUAUUGCCCAUCCAAGAGCAAUUGGCCCAACCCUCCACGACCGGCUUAUACUGAAGACAUCAACCACCUGGUACAAGCCGUAACUAGCCUUUUAUCUUCGGACGAAAUUUUCAAGAUAUAUAAUACUCAGCCAGGCGUCUACGAAUAUAACCCGCAAUUAAGGGGUUCCCUAAAAACCGACUAA